AUGGUUGAAUGCUUUGACGAAUACUUGGGAUCUGAAUGCACAAGCGCUUUCGAUUUCAUGUUUGAGUCAAUGCAAUCCGAAUUAAUUCAUCAUAAUGAACGUAAGGUAUCGUUUGUUGACUUAUUAAGUUACUCAUACCCUCAUCAUAUAGAUGUAAAUUUCUAUUUAGAUGCCCAGUAUUGAAUCAUUACCUGAUCAUUUUGAUGAACAAGCCCUCACGCAAUCAUUUAGUACUCAAGAUGAUUGUGAAGUCGCUAUAUUCCAAUUUAUAUAAAUUUUAUAAAAAAAUAAUUAAAAAAUACUAUAUUUACUAUAAAAAAAAUAAGGCUAAUUUUCAUAUUGAUAUUAUGGUAAUUAUUAAUUAAAGCAUAAAUCCUUUGAUUUAUGAAGUCUAUGAGACCCAAAUCCAAAAACAAAAGAAAAGGAAACCGGCCGUUUCUAAAGAGACGAUUGUUGUCAUUCAACGGCCUGUCGAGCUAACUCCAGACCAUAUAAUUGGGACAAUUACACUUGAAGAACGCCGGAAAAAGAUCAAAAAAUAUCUUGAAAAAAGACAGCGAAGGACUUGGAAUAAAAAAAUCUCAUAUGACUGUCGAAAACGAGUUGCAGAUAAUCGACUGAGAAUCAAAGGAAGAUUUGUAACAAAGGAGCAAGCUAUUGCGAUCCUUGGGAUUGACCAUCCAGCUGUACAAAAUUUGUUGGCUAUGGAAAGAGAAAGCCAGAAUAAUUAG